AUGGACCCGUUGGAUUUUCUGACAGAUGAGGAGUUACUGCGAUUUUUCCGCUGUAGUAAGACAGAGAUGUCGUGCAUGGAGAAACCACACACCUUUCUUAACCAGCUCCGAGACUACCACCUCAUUCCGGAAGAAAUGUACAAGGUGAGAGCAGCAGAGACUGCGAAGUUUCUAUAUAGACACACCCGCCCACUCAAAGUCUAAGCAAGCAGCGCUAAAUUACAUCCUACCAAGCACGGACAGACGCCCAGGUCUUCAGCCAUCUUUUUUUUUUGUGUGUUUUUUUUUUUCAUCCACUGACGUUGAGUUUUGGUCUGGACUGGACCAAAUCGGAACCAAUCACAGACUUCAAUGUUUGGUUCAGAUUUGGUCCGGUCUGUACUGGACUUAAUUUCAACUUCCACAGACAUCUGGUCCAGACAGGAAUUUAUUUGGGCCAAACAUAGACGUCUAAAAUUGGUUCAGAUUUGGUCCAGUCAGGACCGGCUUUGAUUUGGCCCAAACAUUGACAGAUGUCUAUGAUUGGUUCAGAAAUCUGAACCAAUCAUAGACAUCUAUGUUUCACAAGUUUGGACAGCACAGUGCAGUACAGUAGAGCACAGCAGAGUACAGUACAUUAAAGAAAAGUAAAGUAUAGUUCAGUACAAUAGAGUACAGCACAUUAGAGUAUAGUACAGUAUAAUGUACUGUAUUGUACCCUACUAAACUAAACUGUAUACUGAAUUAAACUCUACUGAACUAAACUGUACUCUGCUGAACUAAACUGUACUCUACUGAACUAAACUGUACUGUACUCUACUGAAUUAAACUAUACUGUACCGUACUGUACUCUACUAUGCUCUACUGAAUAAAACCCAGAUUAAACCCUGUAACAAAACAAACUGUAGUCUACAGAAUUGAUUUGGUAAAAUUAUUUAUCCUAUUUUGUAUAAGUGUGAGUGUACUGUGUACACUAACACCAGUUACUGUCCUAUUGCUAGCUGGUAACAGGUCUCUAAACAUUAUUGUAGGAGUGGAAAUUGGAGUUGAUGAUCAUUGAUUAGUAAUGCCUGAACAUUGUCCAUAAAUUCCUGUCUGUCUCAUGAACUGAUUGAGAUGGUGGUUGCUUUUAGAGAAUCAAGUCUAUCACUCCCACUCCAGUCUUCAUUUGACAACCCCCACAAAUUGGACCAUAGAUUUGUAUUUGACCUCUCCUGCAGAAGCUGAUUCGGAUUCGGAGUAAGGAGCUGAGGGAGAAGGGUGUGUACCAGGUGUUGGACUGGGUGGAGGCAGAGAGGCCCGACAGCAUCAAGGUGUUCUGGAACUGUGUGUUCAGGGACCACCUCCUGCAGCAGUACCCCACGUUACGCCUGCUACGAAACCGCCUGCUGGACGGUCAGUUCUGGAGCAUUCACUCUUAUUAUUGUAUUAUUAUGGCAUUUGUUAGUUAAUAUCGGUAUAUAAUUCUAACUCCUAGUGUAAUAUAAAUGUAGUCACAAUGGUGGAUACUUUGAAGUUGAGGUUCAAAGACCUGUCAAAUUUGUAUAAUAAUUUUUGUAAUUAGGUGUACAUGGUUUGCUAAAUGUUGCCUCCAAUCCCUUCCAGGGUCGUUCACAUUCUAUGAGAAACUGCCAGAGAAGGAAGAGGAAGAGGAUAAGAAGAAGAAGAAGGCUUCAGCGGAAGGAGAAGAGGAGGAGGAGGAGGAGGAGGAGGAGGAGGAGGAGAUGAAAGGAAGGAAACAGAGGAAAAAGAGAAAUGAGAGUAUGGAGGAGGAGCAGCCCAGCACGUCCACCCAGUCCACCCCAGUCAAAUCAAAUCAAAUCAAAUUGUAUUUGUCACAUGCGCCGAAUACAACAGGUGUAGACCUUACAGUGAAAUGCUUACUUACAAGACCUAACCAACAAUGCAGUUUUAAGAGAAAUAAGUGUUAAGUAAACAAUAGAUAAGUACAAUUAUCAGUAGCGAGGCUAUUUACAGGGGGUACCGGUACAGAGUCAAUGUGCGAGGUAAUUGCGGUAAUAUGUACAUGUAGGUAUAGUUAAAGUGACUAUGCAUAGAUAGUAAACAGAGAGUAGCAGCAGCGUAAAAGAGGAGGGGGGAGGGGGGGGUGGUAACUUGAAGCUCUCAACCUGCUCCACUACAGCCCCGUCGAUGAGAAUGGGGGCGUGCUUGGUCCACUUAUUUUUCCUGUUGUCCACAAUCAUCUCCAUUGUCUUGAUCACGUUGAGGGAGAGGUUGUUAUCCUGGCACCACAUGGCCAGGUCUCUGACCUCCUCCCUAUAAGCUCUCAUUGUUGUCGGUGAUCAGGCCUACCACUGUUGUGUCGUCGGCUACCUUAAUGAUGGUGUUGGAGAAAUGCCUGGCCAUGCAGUCAUGGGUGAACAGGGAGUACAGGAGGGGACUGAGCAUGCACCCAUGAGGGGCUCCUGUGUUGAGGAUCAGCAUGGCAGAUGUGUUGUUACCUACCCUUACCACCUGGGGGCGGCCCGUCAGGAAGUCUAGGAUCCAGUUGCAGAGGGAGGUGUUUAGUCCCAGGGUCCUUAGCUUAGUGAUGAGCUUCGAGGGCACUAUGGUGUUGAACGCUGAGCUGUAGUCAAUGAAUAGCAUUCUCACGUAGGUGUUCCUUUUGUUCAGGUGGGAAAGGGCAGUAUGGAGUGCAAUAGAGAUUGAAUCAUCUGUGGAUCUGUUGGGGCGGUAUGCAAAUUGGAGUGGGUCUAGGGUUUCUGGGAUAAUGGUGUUGAUGUGAGCCAUGACCAGCCUUUCAAAGCACUUCAUGGCUACAGACGUGAGUGCUACAGGUCUGUAGUCAUUUAGGCAGGUUACCUUAGUGUUCUUGGACACAGGGACUAUGGUGGUCUGCUUGAAACAUGUUGGUAUUACAGACUCAGACAGGGACAUAUUGAAAAUGUCAGUGAAGACACUUGCAAGUUGAUCAGCGCGUGCUCGGAGUGCACGUCCUGGUAAUCCGUCUGGCCCUGCGGCCUUGUGAAUGUUGACCUGUUUAAAGGUUUUACUCACAUCGGCUACGGAGAGCCGGAAAGUCCAGAGGCUCAAAUACUGUGAGUCCCAGACUUCAUGUUCUUUGGGGGAAAGAGGAGGCCUUGAGUCAGAAAGUCUAAAGUCCCUCUGUAACCUUUUUUUGGGGGGUGAAAUAUAUUCAUUUUUAAUUUCAAGUCACAUCUUAAUGACUAUCCCCAACGUGUCCCAAUGCAGGUUCUCCUUUCAGGAAUGGGGAGAAAGCUGACAUCUGGAACUGGCCCAUCUACAAGACCCAGCUCCCAGUCACCUGUGGGGACAAAGAAGGCAUACUCAUCAGGGACAAGCUGGCCAAAGGUAGAUCGUAACAAUGGACUUAAUGUGAUGUGAUUCUCUGUGUUUUUGUGUAACAGUGGAUGUGGUUCGGCCGGAAUAACCGCACCUGAAACCUUGAAAGUGGCAAUCUGCAGUUGCUACAUCCAUUUUUGGACUUAUACAUUUAUGAUAUGUACCCAUUGAUUCUUGAAGAAUAUAACUUAUAAAUGCCUUAUGAAUUAGUUCAACUGUCUUACCCCAUCAGAACAAAAUGUAAGCUUGUUUUACUUCAAUGUUUGUAAACAAAGUACAUGUAAACAAACACGGUAUACCCUCAAAACAUGGUUAAAACUAUAAUGUUAAUAGCAUGGAUGGUCAGUCCUUGCAUCCAUAGCCCCUUUUAUGAAUUUGAGAUUGGUUACAUUUCUCCAGCCCAGAGACCAGGGCCCGUAUCCACAAAGGAUCUCAAAAGGUCCUAGGAAUCCUGUUAAAACAUGUUUUAAGACAACAACAAACAAAAAAACUCACAGUAGGUUUUAGGAUGUUGUAAGACACUGCCCAGACAAAUUCUGGGCCAGGGUUAAAAUCAACUCUUAAGUUUUUCUCAGCAGGUAAUCAUGACAUUUGUAGGUACAGCAAAGGAAAGAUAGUGAUGAGGCUCAUUGACAUUGUUGCAAAUGAUGGGGAAUAACCAAUCGCAAUGAGGCAUUGCCAGUUGUGAACUCUAUAGGUAACAUGUAACCAUGUUGAAAUGACUUUAGCCUACAUCAAAUGUUGCAAUGGUAAAAACUUUGAUAUAAUUUUCGCCUGCCAUGAUCACUUUCCUACUCCAAUAUGUUGGCAUGCAUAACUUUUAUUUUUAUUUUAUUCUGAUGGUUGUUAAAAUAUUUUUACAAGAUUACCUUUAUAUCAACCUACAUUUAACAACUCUGAAUCGCUUUGGCACAGGAGGCAUCAAGUCGCUUGCCAACAAUGUUGCAUACAACGUUUGAAAGGUCUAUCAUUUUCAUCGAACACAAUCAGUCAACAGAAGCCUUAAAUGCCUUCAAUUGCCCAAUUUAUAGGCAUGCCCAAUUUAGAAAUAUAUUUUUAACAGUGAUGUUGCGCUCCAAAUGGAUAACUUGAAAUAACAUGAUGUAGGUAAUUAAAUAAUCGAAAAGAGAAACGUGUUUAUUUAUUAGCCUAGUGGAUUAUAAGUAUUUAGGCAUAUACUUGUGAAAUAGGCCUAAUGUAAAAUCAUUGUCAAAUGCUCAAGAGAUACUGUUACAUGUAGGUCUAGAUUAUUUAUGGAUUGAUCAUAUAGAAAUAUCAAAACAUUAUUUUAACAACUCCAAAGUAAUUGCAUGUGGCGCAGGAACCACUGACUCGUUGCGUUUUUCUAGAUGUGACUCAUGACUAAAGGCUUCAAGGAUAGCUUUAAUUUUCUACCCAUCAGCACUUACAAUAAAUGUUCUACUCUGAGACCCUUUGUGAAUACGGGCCCAGAUCUAAAGCAUAGCCUUUAGUGGGUGAACACAGUAUUGUGAAUUGCAGGAGACCCAUGUUUCAAUCACAGUCAGGAACAUGUACUACGGUCCAUUUGACAUUGCAUGGUUUUAAUUUGUGGUGGUGUGUAUGAUGUCUGACUUCCUCAUUGGUUUGUCUCAGGGGAGAGGUGCAUUGUGGUCCAGGGUCGCUGGUUAACCCCAAGUGGCUUUGAGGAGUUUGGGGGGAAGAAGAGCAGUAAGAACUGGAAGUACAGUAUCCGCUGUAGAGACACCACUCUGGGAAAACUGAUUCAGGUACGGCAUAUAUUUAUAUUUGAUUUGAUUUAUUUGACCAUUUAAAAAAACAAUUGAACCAGAUAUGUGGAUACAAUGCAUUAGCCCCUCGUGUAGCUCAGUUGGUAGAGCAUGGCGCUUGCAACGCCAGGGUUGUGGGUUCGAUUCCCACGGGGGGCCAGUAUUAAAAUGUAUGCACUCACUAACUGUAAGUCCCUCUGGAUAAGAGCAUCUGCUAAAUGACUAAAAUGUAAAAAAAAAAAAAAAAAAAAAUUGAAGAUAAACUUUUCUUUGUUAACAGCUUCGUCACUUUUCAUACUCUAAUCAGGACUAUAGCAAUUGAACACUGUUGCCAUUCACUACACUCUGGGAUUUACACUGAGUGUACAAAACAUUACAUAGUCCAGGGAUCAUCAACUAGAUUCAGCCGCGGGCAGAUUCUUUUUCUUGAGCGGAUGGUCAGGGGCCCGGAACAUAAUUACAAAUAAUUUGUAGACUGCAAAUUGACCGCAAGAAGUCCAAACAGAUAUAAUAUUUGACUAAAACAUGAAACUGUAAGAGUUUACAAAGCUGUCAUCAUGUCAAAGGGUAGCUAUUGAAGAAUCUCAAAUCUAAAGAAUAUUUUGAUUUGUUUAACACUUUUUUGGUUACUACAUGAUUCCAUAUGUGUUAUUUCAUAGUUUUGAUAUCUUCACUAAUAUUCUACAAUGUAGAAAAUAGUAAAAAUAAAGAAAACCCCUUAAAUGAGUAGGUUUUUCCAAACUUUUGACUGGUACUGUAUAUGCAGAUGUGUGAUAUAGGACGCAAUUUUCAAGGACUACUUUUGGCUUGUGAGUGCUACAUUCAGAACUACUGGCUAAAAAGUAUACAGAAGUACAAGAUAAUUUCUUUAAAAUGCUAGUUACCACAUGGCUUGACCCAGGAACUCAGAAAUUGGUUUGAAAUAUAGUUCUCUCUUUCCUCUUUUCAACAAACAUAAUUGUUCAUGGAUACUCUCAUAAUUGAAACAUUUACAAAGAAAAUACCAAUAAUAACUUUUGUAAAUUUCACCUGUAAAAACAUAAAUUCCCCUUACCUCAAUGUUUUGUCAUGCUGACAUAAUUGACCAGGUGAAUGAGUUAUUUCGAGGAAUUCACACAUUUUAACUUAAAAAACAUUACACAGCGCCAUUUAGAUUGGGAGUAAUUAGCACUGUGACAACCAACCCGCGAGACAACCAACCCCCGUCUCCCCUCUUACCACAGCAUAUCGGUUUAUCAUUACAUAUACCAGAAAAUUGGGCCAGACGGAGCAACAAACUAUAGCUACAUUAUACCCUUUUUGUUUUUCUGUAAAGAAACUAACUGUACAGGUAUUUCACUGAUAUGCCAUUCAGUCACUCAACACCCAAAAUAACUCUCUCCCCCUUUCUCUCCCCCCUCACUUCACCAUCCCACCCACCUCAGGAAGGUCAUUUAACUUCACCAGGCUUUAAAAGAAGAAAGUGUACACAGGUAGGUGACCUAUCUUUAAAUAUACCACAUCCUCUAGAUUACAUGUGUUUUCGCUCAAACUUUGGGGGCCAAAUUAAAUCACCCACAGGCCACAAUCAACAUUAUUUAUGGAACCCUUGCAUAGACUGAUCAGGUGAAUCCAGGUGAAAGAUAUGAUCCCUUAAACUUAAUAUUAGGAUUAUUUGUGUUCUUAAUGUUUUGUACACUUAGUGUAUAUAGGUUUGUAUCAUAGUCUGUAUCAUAUCAUAUAGGGGAGACUGGAGUUGGUUGUCACCAUUUUUUACUCUGUGUGUAUUUCUCAGUAUAUCUAACAAGACUCUUUUCAAUAUUAGGAGAAAGACCAAGGUCUUGGGUUGAAAUGGGGUCCCUUUUUAUCCUCAUAUCUUAUUCCAACAUGGAGUUAUAAGCCAUCAGAAUAAAGUUAGGAAUUUUCAUGCGAGACAGGAGUCAGGAUUUGGGGUUUCAGUGGGAUUGGGACUGGAUAGGAAAAUAGCCUUGGCUAUAGGUCAGGAGAAGAUAGCAUUUUCCCGUAUGCCUCUCUGAAUUAUUAACAGACUUCAUGUCUGUGACAGAGAUGCAUAUGUAGUGAAUUGUGCGUAGACCUAUCAAAUGUGUGACUGUCUGAAGAGUCACAAUGACAGCUCAAAGAGGCACAUGCUCUUUUAUAGCAGGGAUCAUCAACUAGAUUCAGCCACAGGACGAUUUUUUCUUGAGCGGAUGGUGUGGGGGAUGGAACAUAAUUACAAAUAAUUUGUAGACUGCAAAUUGACCACAAGAAGCCCAAACAGAUAUAAUAUACAGUGGGGGAAAAAAGUAUUUAGUCAGCCACCAAUUGUGCAAGUUCUCCCACUUAAAAAGAUGAGAGAGGCCUGUCAUUUUCAUCAUAGGUACACGUCAACUAUGACAGACAAAUUGAGGAGAAAAAAAUCCAGAAAAUCACAUUGUAGGAUUUUUUAUGAAUUUAUUUGCAAAUUAUGGUGGAAAAUAAGUAUUUGGUCACCUACAAACAAGCAAGAUUUCUGGCUCUCACAGACCUGUAACUUAUUCUUUAAGAGGCUCCUCUGUCCUACACUCGUUACCUGUAUUAAUGGCAUCUGUUUGAACGUGUUAUCAGUAUAAAAGACACCUGUCCACAACCUCAAACAGUCACACUCCAAACUCCACUAUGGUCAAGACCAAAGAGCUGUCAAAGGACACCAGAAACAAAAUUGUAGACCUGCACCAGGCUGGGAAGACUGAAUCUGCAAUAGGUAAGAAGCUUGGUUUGAAGAAAUCAACUGUGGGAGCAAUUAUUAGGAAAUGGAAGACAUACAAGACCACUGAUAAUCUCCCUCGAUCUGGGGCUCCACGCAAGAUCUCACCCCGUGGGGUCAAAAUGAUCACAAGAACGGUGAGCAAAAAUCCCAGAACCACACGGGGGGACCUAGUGAAUGACCUGCAGAGAGCUGGGACCAAAGUAACAAAGCCUACCAUCAGUAACACACUACUCCGCCAGGGACUCAAAUCCUGCAUUGCCAGACGUGUCCCCCUGCUUAAGCCAGUACAUGUCCAGGCCCGUCUGAAGUUUGCUAGAGUGCAUUUGGAUGAUCCAGAAGAGGAUUGGGAGAAUGUCAUAUGGUCAGAUGAAACCAAAAUAUAACUUUUUGGUAAAAACUCAACUCGUCCUGUUUGGAGGACAAAGAAUGCUGAGUUGCAUCCAAAGAACACCAUACCUACUGUGAAGCAUGGGGGUGGAAACUUCAUGCUUUGGGGCUGUUUUUCUGCAAAGGGACCAGGACGACUGAUCCGUGUAAAGGAAAGAAUGAAUGGGGCCAUGUAUCGUGAGAUUUUGAGUGAAAACCUCCUUCCAUCAGCAAGGGCAUUGAAGAUGAAACGUGGCUGGUUCUUUUAGCAUGACAAUGAUCCCAAACACACCUCCCGGGCAACGAAGGAGUGGCUUCUUAAGAAGCAUUUCAAGGUCCUGGAGUGGCCUAGCCAGUCUCCAGAUCUCAACCCCAUAGAAAAUCUUUGGAGGGAGUUGAAAGUCCGUGUUGCCUAGCGACAGCCCCAAAACAUCACUGCUCUAGAGGAGAUCUGCAUGGAGGAAUGGGCCAAAAUACCAGCAACAGUGUGUGAAAACCUUGUGAAGACUUACAGAAAACGUUUGACCUGUGUCAUUGCCAACAAGGGGUAUAUAACAAAGUAUUGAGAAACUUUUGUUAUUGACCAAAUACUUAUUUUCCACCAUAAUUUGCAAAUAAAUUCAUAAAAAAUCCUACAAUGUGAUUUUCUGGAGAAAAAAAUUCUCAUUUUGUCUGUCAUAGUUGACAUGUACCUAUGAUGAAAAUUACAGGCCUCUCUCAUCUUUUUAAGUGGGAGAACUUGCACAAUUGGUGGCUGACUAAAUACUUUUUUUCCCCACUGUAUGACUAAAACAUAAUAAUUUCAAACCUUGCUUAAAUUUGUAUAUGAUCACGUGUGUCUUUAUUAUGCGUGGAAAUACUUUGGAACAGAUUUCCAAAAUUAAAAUCACUUGGAGUUGAUUUGCUGGUGUUAAUUAUAGUAUUUUAUGUCCAACAAUGAAAAUUUGCUCAGAAAACUUGAUGGGCCAAAUACAACCACCAGUGGGCCAAAUUCAGCCCGCAGGCCGCCAGUUGGGGAACCUUGUUUUAUAGGCUGUAAUGUAGGGGUUUCCUGUAGGUUUUAUUAAUUGCAUUCGGGUCGCGUGUGCAGUCCAGCAGUAUCAAUUAUGCGUGUACUUUGAAUUAAUGCAAUUUUUUUGUGAAGUAAAUACGCUAGUCUAAAGGAUUCCAUGCGACAACCUGUUAGGAUAAUGUGCUAUUUCAUUUUUUGCUAAUCUGAUGCUGCUCAUGUUGUGUAUUUUGUGGAAUUGCAUUAGUGCCGACAUUGGGGGAAAAUUUGAUACUUUUUGGGGGGGAAAUGUGAAAUAUAUUCCCUGCAUACUGACGCCACAAACACACACUCUUUCACACUCACCACAUACGCUGCUACUACUGUGUAUUAUCUAUGCUGUUGCCUAGUCACUUUACCCCUACCUACAGUACAUAGCUACCUCAAUUACCUCGUUAUCUUUAACUCUGCAUUGUUGGAAAAGGACCUGUAAGUAAGUAUUUCUCUGUUAGUCUAGACCUGUUGUUUAUGAAGCGUGACAAAUAAAAUGUAAUUUGAUUUGAUUUUAUAAGCCAUCAAACACACUCUGUCCACUUGUUACAACCAGCCCCAUUGUGGGGUUGGAUGUCACACAGUAUGUGGUUGGUUGUCACAAUGUUUACUAGUAGAUUAUUCCUUUUGUAACAAGAAGUGAAGCAAUUUAGCAAACAGUCUUAGAAAUAGCCUUUCUUUGAUCGAACAAUAUUCCUAACAAAAUUCAGCAUUUCAUGCCUUAAGAAUAACAUAUGACAUUUUGAGUAAAUGUGUGUUUGCACACGUGGGUGUGUGACAGGAAAAAUAUGUGUGAGAGAGAGGCAACGAAGGGAUCUCUUUAUAGCGCAAGCACAAAAGAUCUUGGGAUUUAUUGUGCACUGGCAGUGGCAAUGUUGGUAGUGACAACCAACCCCACAUUCCAUGUGACAACCAUCCCCAUCCAACCAGCUUCAGCCCCUCACCAUUUGAGUGACAUCUAGCAAGAAGCACACACAUCAGAGCAUGCGAGAGAGCAAUAACAUGGUGCACAUACAGCACCAGUCAAAAGUUUGGACACACCUAUUCAUUCCACGGUUUUUCUUAAUUUUUACUAUUUUCUACAUUGUAUAAUAAUAGAGAAGACAUCAAAACUAUGAAAUAACACAUAUGGAAUCAUGUAGUAACCAAAAAAGUGUUAAACAAAUCAAAAUAUAUUUUAUAUUUGAGAUUCUUCAAAUAGCCACCCUUUGCCUUGAUGACAGCUUUGCACCCGCUUGGCUUUCUCUUAACCAGCUUCACCUGGAAUGCUUUUCCAACAGUCUUGAAAGAGUUCCCACAUAUGCUGAGCACUUGUUGGCUUCUUUUCCUUCACUCUGCGUUCCGACUCAUCCCAAACUAUCUCAAUUAGGUUGAGGUCGGGGGAUUGUGGAGGCCAGGUCAUCUGAUGCAGCACUCUAUCACUCUCCUUCUUGGUAAAAUAGCCCUUAAACAGCCUGGAGAUGUGUUGGUUCAUUGUCCUGUUGAAAAACAAAUGAUAGUCCCAUUAAGCCCAAGCCAGAUGGGAUGGCAUAUCGCUGCAGAAUGCUGUGGUAGCCAUGCUUGUUAAGUGUGCCUUGAAUUCUAAAUAAAUCACUGACAGUGUCACCAGCAAAGCAUCCCCACACCAUAACACCUCCUCCUCCAUGCUUUACGGUGGGAAAUACACAUGCGGAUAUCAUCCGUUCACCCACACUGCAUCUCACAAAGCCACGGCGGUUGGAACCAAAAAUCUCCAAUUUGGACUCCAGACCAAAGGACAGAUUUCCAACGGUCUAAUGUCCAUUACGCAUGUUUCUUGGCCCAAGAAAACGUAUUCUUAUUGGUGUCCUUUAGCAGUGGUUUCUUCGCAGCAAUUUGACCAUGAAGGCCUGAUUCACACAGUCUCCUCUGAACAGUUGAUUUUGAGAUGUGUCUGUUGCCUGAAUUCUGUGAAGCAUUUGUUUGAGCUGCAAUUUCUGAGGUGCAGUUAACUCUAAUGAACUUAUCCUCUGCAGCAGAGGUAACUCUGGGUCUUCCAUUCCUGUGGCGGUCCUCAUGAGAGCCAGUUUUAUCAUAGCGGUUGAUGGUUUUUGCGACUGCACUUGAAGAAACUUUCAACGUUCAUGAAAUGUUCCGUAUUGACUGUCCUUCAUGUCUUAAAGUAAUGAUGGACUGUUGUUUCUCUUUGUUUAUUUGAGCUGUUCUUGCCAUAAUAUGGACUUGGUCUUUUACCAAAUAGGACUGUCUUUUGUAUAAAAAGUUUAACACUUUUUUGGUUACUACAUGAUUCCAUAUUUGUUAUUUCAUAGUUUUGAUGUCUUCACUAUUAUUCUACAAUGUAGAAAAUAGUAAAAAUAUAGAAAACACCUUGAAUGAGUAGGUGUGUCCAAACUUUUGACUGGUACUGUAUAUGCACGUGUGAUAUAGGACGCAAUUUUCUGGGACUAAUUUUGGCUUGUGAGCGCUAUGUUCAGGACUACUGGAGAAUCUCUUUAAAAUGGUAGUUUCCACAUGGCUUGACCCAGGAACUCAGAAAUUGGUUUGAAAUAUAGCUCUCCCUUUCCUCUUGUCCCAUCCAAUUGUUCAUGGAUACUCUCAUAAUUCAAACAUUUACAAAGAAAAUACCAAUAAUUAAUUUAGUUAAUUUCACCUAUAAAAACAUAAAUUCCCCUCACCUCAAUGUUUUGUCAUUCUGACAUGAAUUGACCAGGUGGAUGAGUUCUUUCGAGGAAUUCACACAUUUUAACUUAAAAAACAUUACACAGCGCCAUUUAGAUUGGGAGUAAUUAGCACUGUGACAACCAACCCGUGAGACAACCAACCCCCGUCUCCCCUACUCUUACCACAGCAUAUCGGUUUAUCAUUACAUAUACCAGAAAAUUGGGCCAGACGGAGCAACAAACUAUAGCUACAUUAUACCCUUUUUGUUUUUCUGUAAAGAAACUGUACAAGUAUUUCACUGAUAUGCCAUUCAGUCACUCAACACUCAAAUUAAAUGUGUCCCCCUUUCUUUCCCCACUCACUUCACCAUCCCGCCCACCUCAGGAAGGUCAUUUAACUUCACCAGGCUUUAAAAGAAGAAAGAGUACACGGGUAAGUGACCAAUCUUUAAAUAUACCACAUCCUCUAGAUUAACAGCCAAACUUAAUUUGACUAUUUAGUUGUACAAAUGCCCUCAAAUGCUUAGUACAUCCACAUUGUACUGUAUAUCUAUAUAACAGUUCACCCACAUCAUUCUAUGUAAAAAUUACUUUGUAAUAACUGAAUUAAAAAAGAUAUCCUUGCCUUUAUAAACUGAAUAUAAUCCAGGUUCACCACCCUGGUACCUCAUCCACUGUUAGGAGGUCCCCACAAAUUAAUAGAACGUUAACAUAUCAUGGCAAUUCAGCUUCCCUAGCUAGAGCCUUAUACCAUACUGGGCAUAGAAAGAUGUGCAAAGAAAGUGCUGCAUCGUCAUAGCAUCUGAGUACAUGUUGUUUAUGAAUAUUAGUCAUGAAUCAGUUUUAUUGCAACAUCUAAACUUGAUAACAGCUUAGCCUUAGCCGUUGAUAUUGUGAUGUUUCUACGGGCAUGUAUUUAUAUUUCUUGGGCGUGAUCAUACUUUGACCAAUGAUACUUUUCUUUGUCCAUGUUCUUACCAUAUUAGAUGAAGAAGAGUCUAUUAUGUGACUGAUAUAUGUAAAACUGCUCUGUCCCUUUUCUCCUAUCUAGGCCAAGAGAACACUGUUACCCUCCAACCAAUCAGCGGGCUCAAUCACAGGUAUGUACACCAAUCACAACAAUGGAAUCUUUCUGAAUCCUUUAGACAUGACUCUCUGGUAAAGGGGAUGGUGUUGUCUCUCUAAUUGUGUGUUUUUGUUGUUGUAACGUUUUGUGAAUAACACAGGCCUGUCCCUUCACACUUGCCUUCGGAAAGUGUUCAGACCCCUUGACCUUUUCCACAUUACUGCCUUAUUCUAAAAUGGUUGAAAUCGUUUUUUCCACUCAUCAAUCUACACACAAUAACCCAUAAUGACAAAGCAAAAAUAGGUUUGUAGAAAUGUAUUAAAAAUAAAAAACGGAAUAUUACAUUUACAUAAGUAUUCAGACCCUUUAUUCAGUACUUUGUUGAAGCACCUUUGGCAGCUAUUAUAGCCUAGAGCAGGGGUGUCAAACGUACGGCCCGCGGGCCGGAUCAGGCCCGCAAACGGGUUUAAUCCGGCCCGCGAGAUGAUUUCAAAAAAAAAAAAUAUAUAUAUAUAUAUAUUUUUUUUUUUAAGUAUAAAAAUGCGCUGCAAUUUUUCAAUUAAAUAAACUGCUGUUCCAAUUGCGUCCACUGGAUGGCGCAAUAGCAAUUGUGUUAAGCAAGCAAACUGUUUAUACCGGGGCAGAGCAAGUAGGUCAAGCACGUGCAGCCAAUGAGCUACUUUGUUUUGCCCGCGAUAUUUAUUACGGCUUCUACUUUUAACAUUAUGUGCUUUGGCACCCUCAUUGCCCCAAUAUGUCUCUGUCAAAAAAAGAAAAGUGGACGCAGAGUGCAGAGUGUUCCAAGAAAAAUUGUCAUCCUAUUUAAUCACGGAAUUGAAUGGGAAAGCUGUAUGUUUGGUGUGUUCAGAGCAUGUUGCAGUGCUGAAAGAAUAUAACCUUCGUCGCCACUAUGUGAGUCUUCAUGCCGACAAAUAUGACAACUUUCAAGGACAGCGGAGAUGAGAGAAGGUGAAUGAACUGUUGGCGGGUCUGAAGAAACAGCAGUCUGUGUUUACUCACAGCCGAGACAUCAGUGACGCUGCAGUGAAAGCUAGCUACCUCAUUGCUAAUGAAAUCGCAGUGGCUUCAAAACCAUUUAGUGAGGGUGAAUUUGUAAAAACAUGCAUGAUGAAGGCAGCGGAGAUUGUGUGCCCUGAAAAGCAGCAGGCUUUUGCAAAUAUCAGCCUGACAAGAAACACAGUUGCAGACAGGAUUUCCGAUCUUUCAGUGGAUUUGGACAGCCAGUUGAAGCAAAAAGUAAAGUCAUUUAUUGCGUUUUCGGUUGCAAUUGAUGAAAGCACGGACAUUACAGAUGUUGCACAACUGGCCAUUUUUUCAUCCGCGGAGUUGAUGACACAUUGACCGUCACCGAGGAGUUCGUGGAGUUGGUGCCGAUGACAGAUACAACGACAGCAGCUGAUAUUUUUACCGCACUCGUCGGCGCGCUGGACAGGGUCGGAGUGGACUGGUCCCGCGCUGUCAGCCUGGCUACAGAUGGUGCGCCCUCAAUGAUCGGGAAAAAAGCAGGCGUUGUGACAAAGUUCAGAGAGAAAGUGCAAUCUGCAAAUGGAGGACGUGAUUUUUUGACUUUUCACUGUAUUUUGCACCAGGAGGCUUUGUGUUGCAAGUCAUUAAAGAUGGAUAACGUCAUGAAGGUGGUCAUCCAAACUGUUAAUUUCAUCCGAUCCAGAAGCCUGAAUCACCGUCAGUUUGACAGCCUUCUCAGAGAGAAAGACCACAUCUAUGGCCUGCCAUACCACACUGAGGUAAGAUGGUUAAGCCGAGGUGCUGUGCUGAGGCGUUUCUUUGAUUUACGAGAAGAAAUUGAACAGUUCAUGGAAGAAAAGGGCAAACCAGUGUUAGAAUUUCAUUCCGCAGAAUGGAUGCCGGACCUUGCAUUUAUGGUGGAUGUUACAGAGCACCUGAAUAACUUGAACAAACAGCUGCAAGGGCGCAACAAAGUUGUCACGCAGUAUUAUGACAGCAUACGUUCUUUCAAGUUGAAGCUGUCAUUGUGGGAGACGCAACUUGCCGGUGGUGAUGCAGCUCACUUCCCCUGUCUGAAAAAUGUGUGCGCGACCCAACAUGUGGCAGACAUGAAGCGGUUCAAAGAUAAAAUAACUGGACUGUUACGGGAGUUUGAGCAACGCUUUCAGAUUUAUGUUUAUAUGUUUUUAUGUUGAUGUGCUAUUGUUUUUAAUUGAUUUUAUUUUAUUUGUAUAUUUAACCUAUUCUUGACUCUGUGGUUCUUGCACUUGUUUGGGGAACAGGAUUUCAUUAUUUUUAUCUACAUUUCUGCCUGAGAAAUGACACCCUGAUAUAGUUCUGUGAUCUGUGAAACAGUUCUGUUAAUCACUGAGGCAUUGUGUGUUUGUGUGUUCUUUUUCUUUAGAAUUUUCAAAUAAACUUGACGUGUUUUAUGAUUAAUAGUGAUGUUGUGCUUGUACUAUUUUGGACACACUGUCCUCAGGCUCCAGCUUUAUGUUGUAUGUUGAUCGUAUUAAAACAAAGAAAACAAUCUGAAGUUGUUGUUUUUAAGUUAUAUAUACCAUGAUUUUUCCGGUCCGGCCCACUUGGGAAUAGAUUUUCCUCCAUGUGGCCCCUGAGCUAAAAUGAGUUUGACACCCCUGGCCUAGAGUCUUCUUGGGGAUGAUGCUACAAGCUUGGCACAGAUGUAAUUGGGGAGUUUCUCCCAUUCUUCUCUGCAGAUCCUCUCAAGCUCUGUCAGGUUGGAUGGGGAGCGUUGAUGCACAGCUAUUUUCAGGUCUCUCCAGAGAUGUUCGAUCGGGUUCAAGUCCGGGCUCUGGCUGGGCCACUCAAGGACAUUCAGAGACUUGGCCCGAAGCCACUCCUGUGUUGUCUUGUCUGUGUGCUUAGGGUCGUUGUCCUGUUGGAAGGUGAACCUUCGCCCCAGUCUGAGGUCCUGAGCGCUCUGGAGCAGAUUUUCAUCAAGGAUCUCUCUAUACUUUGCUCUGUUCAUCUUUCCCUCGAUCCUGACUAGUCUCCCAGUCCCUGUUGCUGAAAUAUAUCCCCACAGCAUGAUGAGACCACCUCCGUGCUUCACCAUAGGGAUGGUGCCAGGUUUCCUCUAGACGUGACGCUUGGCAUUCAGGCCAAAGAGUUCAAUCUUGGUUUCAUCAGACCAGAGAAUCUUGUUUCUCAUAGUCUGAGAGUCUUUAGGUGCCUUUUGGCAAACUCCAAGCGGGCUGUCAUGUGCCUUUUACUCAGGAGUGGCUUCCUUCUGGCUAUUCUACCUUAAAUGUCUGAUUGGUGGUGCUGCAGAGAUGGUUGUCCUUCUAGAAGGUUCUCCCAUCUCCACAGAGGAACUCUAGAGCUCUGUCAGAGUGACAAUCGGGUUCUUGGUCACCUCCCUGACCAAGGCCCUUCUCUCCCAAUUGCUCAGUUGGGCCGGGGGCCAGCUCUAGGAAGAGUCUUUGUGGUUCCAAACAUCUUCCAUUUAAGAAUAAUGGAGGCCACUGUGUUCUUGGGGACUUUCAAUACUGCAGAAAUGUUUUGGUACCCUUCCCCAGAUCUGUGCCUCGACACAAUCCUGUCUCUGAGUUUUACGGACAAUUCCUUCGACCUCAUGGCUUGGUUUUUGCUCUGACAUGCACUGUCAACUGUGGGACCUUAUAUAGACAGGUGUGUGCCUUUCCAAAUCACGUCCAAUCAAUAGAAUUUACCACAGGUGGACUCCAAUCAAGUUGUAGAAACAUCUCAAGGAUGAUCAAUGGAAACAGGAUGCGCCUGAGCUCAAUUUUGAGUCUCAUAGCAAAGGGUCUGAAUACUUAUGUAAAUAAGGUAUUUCUGUUUUUUUAUAAAUUAGCAAAAAUGUCUAGAAAUCUGUAUUCCCUUUGUCAUUAUAGGGCAUUGUGUGUAGAUUGCUCAGGAUUUUUAUUUAAUCAAUUUUAGAAUAAGGCUGUAACAUAACAAAAUGUGGAAAAGGUCAAGGGGUCUGAAUACUUUCAAAAGGCACCUCUUUGUUUAUCUUUACUUCAGAAUCUGAGGAGGAUGAUGACGAUGAUGAGGAGGAAGAGGAGGAAGAAGAAGCUGAGCAGGAAAGAGAGGAAGGAGGGAGAGGAGAGCAGGCAAACACUGCUGGAGGAGAGAGCAGUACAGGAGGCAGCCAUGGUGUUGUGAAAAAGUCUGUCUUCAAAGUCACCUGUGGGGCCAUCAAUGGAACGCUACAUAAGGAUCGGUUUGCAUCAGGUACAUAUUUUAUUCUCUCAAGGUUUAAUAAACAUAAGAAAGUCCUAUAGCUAUUGCCGUGUCUCAGAAACUAUUGGAGGUACUGGAGACACUUUUACAUGUUGGCAACCCUCUUUCUCUGGCUGCACCUCAAAUACUGCCCCCACUUAGUGCUUUUAUCAAGCAGAAAACCCAUGGCAGCAGAUCCACAAGGUCUGCCAUGAAAGGUGACUGUAUAGUUCCCUUAAGGAAAAGUACCUUCAGUCAGACGGCUUCAGUCAGAGCUUCCCAUGUCUGGAACAUAACUACCUCCAGACACAGGUAACUGCGCCACACACAACCUGUCUGUAGUUUGUGAGGUGUUCGUGUGUUAGUUGUCAUAUGUUGCUCUCUAUGUGCUCAUUGUCUGUCUGUACUACGGGACUAAGGUCGAAAUUUUGCCAACUGGCUAAAACCGCCACUUUUACUGAAAAUCUCUCUGCAAAAAUAAACGUAAUAAAGUAAAGUAAAUGACACACUUUGUCGAUAAUACACUACAGGUUAUUUUACCAUAGCCCUAUGUCACUCUGGUCAGCUGUCGUGCGCCAUAUUGGAUUUAUACUAGGGUUAUAAUAGGGUUUCAUUUGAGAUUAUCCUUCUGCCCCUAUCUUCUCUGUUGCCCCAGGGUCAUGUGGAAAGAGCAUCCGUACGGAGCUGCGCUGGAUGACCCCGGUGGAGUUUGUGAAGGGGAGUUCAGCUCUGGAGGAUGCCUCCUGGAAGAAAGACAUCCAGUGGGAUGGGAAACCACUCAGUGUCCUUCUCGAGGUACAGACGAAAAGAGAACAGAAAGAGAGAGAGGAACAGAGAUGAGAGAGAAUGAAGAUGUGUGUUUGGCACUUACCAACCUACUGUACAUGGAAUGGCUUAAGAUAGUCUGCCAGGUCUUUAAGGAUCUGUGAUGAAAACAUUUCCCUUCUUCAAAAACGUUUUACUAGUACUACUACUGUCUUUGUUUGUUUCUCAUUUUCAGAGUAAGAUCUUGGUCAUCCACUCUCUCCUUUGUAAAUGCAAGCUGUGCAGCCCCACAGCCAAAGACCAGGUAUGUUUCCCCAUCGACCCUCAGGAACAUGGUGGCACCCACUUACCAAUCAGCCAAUCACAUUGGUUAAACGAAUGCUUCAGUUGUAAUAAUGAAAUUCCAAGAUGUUUCUUAACAUCACUGGAUAGGGAAUGAAUUCAUGACAUUUUCGUGUCAAAUCAUCAGUUGCAAGAUUAAUUGACACAUAAACAAACAUUACAAUGAUUCACAGUGAUAAUUCAGUGAUAAUUAUUCUGGUGUUCUGCGCAGUGCGCACAACAUAAAUAAUGAAAAAGAAAUCAGUACAUAAUAGUAGAUAAGGUUAUUCAAGCAAUAAUAAUAAUAACCCUAGACCAGUAAAAAUUAUAAAAAAUAAAUACAGAAAAAUUAAACAAAGUGUUUAAACCUGGUCUCGCACAAAGAGACGAUUCAAGUGUGAAACAGGCCUACACACAAUCUAUAGACAUAUGUGCACUUUGCUAUAUAGGAGCUACAGUUAAAGUCGGAAGUUUACAUACACUUAGGUUGGAGUCAUUAAAUCUAGUUUUUUCAACCACUCCACAAAUGUCUUGUUAACAAACUAUAAUUUUGGCAAGUCGGUUAGGACAUCUACUUUGUGCAUGACACAAGUCAUUUUUCCAACAAUUGUUUACAGACAGAUUAUUUCACUUAUAAUUCACUGUAUCACAAUUCCAGUGGGUCAGAAGUUUACAUACACUAAGUUGACUGUGCCUUUAAACAGCUUGGAAAAUUACAGAAAAUGAUGUCAUGGCUUUAGAAGCUUCUGAUAGGCUAAUUGACACCAUUUGAGUCAAUUGGAGGUGUACCUGUGGAUGUAUUUCAAGGCCUACCUUCAAACUCAGUGCCUCUUUGCUUGACAUCAUGGAAAAAUCAAAAGAAAUCAGCCAAGAACUCCGAAAACAAUUGUAGACCUCCACAAGUCUGGUUCAUCCUUGGGAGCAAUUUCUGAAGGUACCACGUUCAUCUGUACAAACAAUACUAAGCAAGUAUAAACACCAUGGGACCAUGCAGCCGUCAUACCGCUCAGGAAGGAGACACGUUCUGUCUCCUAGAGAUGAACGUACUUUGGUGCGAAAAGUGCAAAUCAAUCCCAGAACAACAGCAAAGGACCUUGUGAAGAUGCUGGAGGAAACAGGUACAAAAGUAUCUAUAUCCACAGUAAAACGAGUCCUAUAUCGACAUAACCUGAAAGGCCGCUCAGCAAGAAAGAAGCCACUGCUCCAAAACCGCCAUAAAAAAGCCAGACUACGGUUUGCAACUGCACAUGGGGACAAAGAUCGUACUUUUUUGAGAAAUGUCCUCUGGUCUGAUGAAACAAAAAUAGAACUGUUUGGCCAUAAUGACCAUCGUUAUGUUUGGAGGAAAAAGGGGGUAUGCUUCCAAGCAGAAGAACACCAUCCCAACCAUGAAGCACGGGGGUGUCAGCAUCAUGCUGUGGGGGUGCUUUGCUGCAGGAGGGACUGGUGCACUUCACAAAAUAGAUGGCAUCAUGAGGAAGGAAAUGUAUGUGGAUAUAUUGAAGCAACAUCUCAAGACAUCAUUCAGGAAGUUAAAGCUUGGUCGCAAAUGAGUCUUCCAAAUGGAAAAUCACUGCCUCCUCUCCUUGUUCGGGCAGGUUUCGGCUUUCGGUGUCACCGGCUUACUAGCUACUGCCAAUCCAUUUAUCAUCACUCCAUUUGUCUUGUCUUCAAUCACACACACCUGGUCCUUAUUCCCUCAUUAGUCAUGGUAUAAGUGUUCCCUCUGCUUUCCUUGUCUGUGUGGGUGAUUGUUUAUUGUGGAGGUUUGUGAAGCUUGUGUAUUUCCCGUGUGCCUUGUAUUUUCCAGUGUGCCUGUUUUGUGCCCUGGAGUGUGUUUGACGCAUUUCUGCGUAAACCUGUAUUUUGCGGAUUAAAGCCUGUUAUUCUGUGAUAUACCCUCCUGCUCCUGACUUCUUCAAUACCACCUCAUCACAAAUACUAAUUGAGUGUAUGUAAACUUCUGACCCACUGGGAAUGUGAUGAAAGAAAUAAAAGCUGAAAUAAAUCAUUCUCUCUACUAUUAUUCUGACAUUUCACAUUCUUAAAAUAAAUUGAUGAUCCUAACUGACCUAAGACAGGGAAUCUUUACUAGGAUUAAAUGUCAGGAAUUGUGAAAAACUGAGUUUAAAUGUAUUUGGCUAAGGUGUAUGUAAACUUCCGACUUCAACUGUACAUAAAAAACAAAAUACCUCAAAGUUUCCUAAGAGCUAGUCGCGAGGCCGCCAUCUUCGUCGGCGCCAGGUAUGCAUAACCAAUAUAUUUUUGUCUUUCCUAUAACUCCCCCAAUAUUUCUACAUGCUGAGGGCAGAUGUGCCAUAUAGACAGGUCUUAUGUUCAUCAAAAUAAAGACCCAAAUAUUGAUAAUUGCUAGUAAACUCAAUAAUUUUUUCACCACAACAAAACUGAAAAAACGUAUCUUAGUACUUGGAUUUCUAAAAUGCAUUUUUGUUGUAAAAAAAACAAAACAUGAUUCUCCAUCUUUUGCACCAAUUGACAUUUUCCGCAGGUCUUGUUCAGUUUCUGGCAUCAAAAUAAUAUCAUCAGCAUUUCAUCAUCAUAUCUUACUCCAAUAUUUAACUGUUUAAUUUAUUUUGCCAAAGUAUUAAUAAACAUAGCAAACAGAGUCGGUGAUAAGGCGUCUCCUUGUUUUACACCCGAGGGUGUGGGAAACAAAUCUGUACGAUAUUUAUUAACACACAAACAGGCAGUUGGUGCUUGAUUGUUAACCAAUUCCUUCUCACCUUCCUCUCUUCUCUGUCUUGUCAGCACGAUCAGGAUAACGAUGACGACUGCUUCAUCUGUAGAAGCCAGGGCAGCUUGAUAUGCUGUGAUAAGUGUCCUCGCUCCUUCCAUCAGAGAUGUCAUCUUCCUAAUGUGGAUGACGAUAUGCUGGGGUGAGAAGAGUUGAGGGUUGAUGAGAGAGAGAGUGAGAGAAAGAGAUUGAUAGAAGAGAGGUCUGUUUGUUCUGUGUAGGUAAAUUUUGCUGUUUAGCUUAUUUGUGUACUAUUGAAGUGUGUGUGUUUGUGUGUGUGUGUGUGUGUGUAAUCACAGGGAUAAUGGUCCAUGGAUGUGUACAUUCUGUGUACUGAGGGACAGUCAGUCGUGGCGUUACCCCAAACAAAUGACCUACCAGGAAGCCUUGACCUGCCGAAUCUCUGACCACCUACUGGUGAGGAGCCUGAAUUAAUGACUGCUACCAUUCGGCCAAUUGCCUGUCAAUCAAUUAAUCAACCUAUCCAUCUGUCAGUCUGUCCAUUAUAAGCAUCACAAAAUAAUUAUUCAGAAUUAAAUGUAAACAAGCUUUGAUCAGUCACAUAAAGGUGCGUGUUUACUCUGACAGGAAUGCCACUACCUCCUGCUCUGUCUGUACCACGCGGACAAGGACCGCAUCUUUGUGACAGAACGUUGCAUCAAUGUAAGUUUGCUUGGUUCUCUCUGUGUGUGUGUGUGUGUGUGUGUGUGUGUGUGUGUGUGUGUGUGUGUGUGUGUAUGUGUGUGUGUGCGUGUGCGUGAGUGCGUGCGUGCGUGCGUGCGUGAAAGUGAGAGAGAAAGUUCACAUAUAUCUCCGUCUGUAUGUUUCAUUGCCAGGUGAGAAACUACACCAGUGUGAUUAAGACCCCUAUAUGGCUGGACAGGGUUGUGGAGAAGCUGCAGCAGAAUCUCUACCAGUCAGUGCAACACUUUGUGUCUGACGUGUUGCUUAUCUUCACCAACUGUGCCACAUUUAACAGGGUAAGACUGCACUACUGCAGUAUCCAAUGUGAAGACUCAGGGCUAACAUUUUAAAAAUAAAUCUUGGAAUUAUGCUAGUCAACUUUACUUGUGCUAAUGCAUGAAUAACACUUUAAAAAUGUGCCUUUGUUUAAUCCGUAACAAAGCUGCAUUAGGCAAAAUGAGCUGUUUUAAUUGCAUUUCUACCUUAUUUAUUAUGUUUUCUAUACAAUUGUGUCUGUCUUUUUUUUCUGAAGGACAAUGCAGAGUUUCGUGGGAUGGGCGAAAGAUUAAAGGAUCUAUUUGAGAGCGAGUUCAAGAGUACAUUCAGCAUCCAACUUCAGCAUCCAACUGCAUCCAACAGCCAGUAGAGCCUUCAUCAAGUCUGUACUGUUAUCUCACUAUGAGACAACAGGGAAUAUUCACCAUGCCCUGGUCUUUGUAUACGGCCUUCAUACAGACUUGUACACCAAGUUGUACAGAUCUUAUUUUCCAUGCAUGUACAUUAUUAUCCAUCUAGUCCUUUCAUGAAUGUCUUUCAUUCGUUCUACCAGUCAAACAUGGGUGUGUGAUAAUAAUUGAAAUAGAAUGAUGGUGAAAACAUAGCAUUUCAUACAGUAAAUGUCGUUUUCCUAACUUCUCAUGCUAGAGCCAUAGAAGUCCUUACCUUCCAGGCUUCUUACUUCUGGUCAGGCCUUACUAGAUUUAUGUCCAGGGAUUCUGUCGAAAAUAAACUAAAGAUUUUCUAAAACAUUGUACAACAUACUGUAGGUCUACUUGUUUGACUGUGUGUAGCCUACCAGAAUGGGGUUAUUUUGAAAGGAGAAUAUCAUCAGACAGAGUAGCAGCGCCCUCUUUAGGGCAGUUUGGACAGCGUCUGCGUUGCGUCUCUGCCCUCGUGCAAGGCCCGGGAACGCUGUUACACGUCACCACAAUUGCCAGCAGCGAAUCCCUGCCCAGAGCUGCGCAUCAGUGUUGCGCAGACAUGCUUGGUAAAGAACACAGCCUUUUCUCUUCAGCUUGUUGGAAAGCCUCAGGUCCGAGAAUGCAAAUACUGCAAUAGUGGCUGAUGUUGGGUUUGUAGGCAAGUUUCUUUAUACAGUGGGGGAAAAAAGUUUUUAGUCAGCCACCAAUUGUGCAAGUUCUCCCACUUAAAAAGAUGAGAGAGGCCUGUAAUUUUCAUCAUAGGUACACGUCAACUAUGACAGACAAAUUGAGAAAAACAAUUCCAGAAAAUCACAUUGUAGGAAUUUUAAUGAAUUUAUUUGCAAAUUAUGGUGGAAAAUAAGUAUUUGGUCACCUACAAACAAGCAAGAUUUCUGGCUCUCACAGACCUGUAACUUCUUCUUUAAGAGGCUCCUCUGUCCUCCACUCGUUACCUGUAUUAAUGGCACCUGUUUGAACUUGUUAUCAGUAUAAAAGACACCUGUCCACAACCUCAAACAGUCACACUCCAAACUCCACUAUGGCCAAGACCAAAGAGCUGUCAAAGGACACCAGAAACAAAAUUGUAGACCUGCACCAGGCUGGGAAGACUGAAUCUGCAAUAGGUAAGCAGCUUGGUUUGAAGAAAUCAACUGUGGGAGCAAUUAUUAGGAAAUGGAAGACAUACAAGACCACUGAUAAUCUCCCUCGAUCUGGGGCUCCACGCAAGAUCUCACCCCAUGGGGUCAAAAUUUUCACAAGAACGGUGAGCAAAAAUCCCAAAACCACACGGGGUGACCUAGUGAAUGACCUGCAGAGAGCUGGGACCAAAGUAACAAAGCCUACCAUCAGUAACACACUACGCCGCCAGGGACUCAAAUCCUGCAGUGCCAGAUGUGUCCCCCUGCUUAAGCCAGUACAUGUCCAGGCCUGUCUGAAGUUUGCUAGAGUGCAUUUGGAUGAUCCAGAAGAGGAUUGGGAGAAUGUCAUAUGGUCAGAUGAAACCAAAAUAUAACUUUUUGGUAAAAACUCAACUCGUCGUGUUUGGAGGACAAAGAAUGCUGAGUUGCAUCCAAAGAACACCAUACCUACUGUGAAGCAUGGGGGUGGAAACAUCAUGCUUUGGGGCUGUUUUUCUGCAAAGGGACCAGGACGACUGAUCUGUGUAAAGGAAAGAAUGAAUGGGGCCAUGUAUCGUGAGAUUUUGAGUGAAAACCUCCUUCCAUCAGCAAGGGCAUUGAAGAUGAAACGUGGCUGGGUCUUUCAGCAUGACAAUGAUCCCAAACACACCGCCCGGGCAACGAAGGAGUGGCUUCGUAAGAAGCAUUUCAAGGUCCUGGAGUGGCCUAGCCAGUCUCCAGAUCUCAACCCCAUAGAAAAUCUUUGGAGGAAGUUGAAAGUCCGUGUUGCCCAGCGACAGCCCCAAAACAUCACUGCUCUAGAGGAGAUCUGCAUGGAGGAAUGGGCCAAAAUACCAGCAACAGUGUGUGAAAACCUUAUGAAGACUUACAGAAAACGUUUGACCUGUGUCAUUGCCAACAAAGGGUAUAUAACAAAGUAUUGAGAAACUUUUGUUGUUGACCAAAUUAUUAUUUUCCACCAUAAUUUGCAAAUAAAUUCAUAAAAAAUCCUACAAUGUGAUUUUCUGGAUUAUUUUUUCUCAUUUUGUCUGUCAUAUUUGACGUGUACCUAUGAUGAAAAUUACAGGCCUCUCUCAUUUUUUAAGUGGGAGAACUUGCACAAUUGGUGGCUGACUAAAUACUUUUUUCCCCCACUGUAUCUACUUGAAAGACGAAAACUUUUUCCUUCUCAUAAACAUUGAGAGAAACACACAUAGGCAGCCUAUUUAGACGGGGUCGAUCGAUUCCAUAGCCAAGAAAGUGCGCUUGGUAGAUGCGGUUAUGUCAUUGAAUAUCACUGUAAAAAGUGAAGACUCCGAGUCCUUAGACUCGCUGCUUUUGGAUAAAAGAGGCUCAGAGUCGGCAGUUCUUCAUAAUAUUUAUCCGGGAGAAGGCAGUCCAAUAGAAGACAAUGCAGAGUAUUCAACACAGCAUGGGCGGCUAGCAACUAAAAGGACCACCAAACCCAUUGUACUUUAAGUUGUUGUUGGAACUGUAUAAUCAGACAGAGAUAGCAUAGUCUUGUCUCACAGGAACUUUUUGUUUAGAAACACUAGUAGAUAAUAGCAGAAUAUACCGCACAACCAGAGCUGAUUAGCCUAGUGAAGGUGCUGGAGGAAAACCUGGAGAAACAGGAAAAAGUAUCUGCACACUUUAGAAAUACUAGUACAAUCUAUAAUGAAAUAUCAGAAUUGUAUUGAAACUAUGAGCUAAAGCAAAAUAAAAUGCGUGCACAUCUUCCGAGCCAAACAGACAGGGUUGGCUUAGAAUCAUGGGAUUAUUGAAACUAUAUUUUUGUCUGCACCAGUGGCGACGCCUCAUUCAGAGCAGGUGAGAGCCCCUCCUGUUUUGAGCCCCACCUGUUUAGCUAAAAACCUGUUAUUUAUUUUGUGCGUGUUUUGCAUGUUCUUUUGACAUUAAUACGUGUCACAUAUCAGUUUGCAAACAAUGUAAAAAAAAUAAUAAUAAUAAUUGAGUUAAUAAAGCCGCAUACAAACACAGUCUCUUUUUUGCUUGUUUGAGUAAGCCAGCUCCAAAAUGCAGGUGUUUGGUAAUCUUCUCUAGUUGCGCCGUGAUUGGCUCAUUGUUCUGUCACUCAUGGGGGUACAACGUCACCGCAAAAUCUAUUUAAAUGUAUUAAAUAAAUAAAAAUCCUCAUCAAUCUACACACAAUACCCCAUAAUGACAAAGUGGAAACAGGAUUUUAGAAAUGUUUGCACAUUUAUUAAAAAUAAGAAACAGAAAUAUCUUAUUUACAUAAGUAUUUAGACCCUUUGCUAUGAGACUCGAAAUUGAGCUCAAGUGCGUCCUGUUUCCAUUGAUCAUCCUUGAGAUGUUUCUACAACUUGAUAGGAGUCCAUCUGUGGUAAAUGCAAUUGAUUGAUUUGGAAAGGCACACACCUGUCUAAAUAAGGUCCCACAGUUGACAGUGCAUGUCAGAGCAAAAACCAAGCCAUGAGGUCGAAGGAAUUGUCCAUAGAGCUCCGAGUCAGGAUUGUGUCGAGGCACUGAUGGGAAGGGUACCAAAACAUUUAUUUAGCAUUGAAGGUCCCCAAGAACACAGUGGCCUCCAUCAUCACCAAGACUCUUCAUGGAGCUGGCCGCCCGGCCAAACUGAGCAAUCGGGGGAGAAGAGCCUUGGUCAGGGAGAUGAACAAGAACCCGAUGGUCACUCUGACACAGCUCCAGAGUUCCUCUGUGGAGAUGGAAGAACCUUCCAGAAGGACAACCAUCUCUGUAGCACUCCACCAAUCAGGCCUUUAUGGUAGAGUGGCCAGACAGAAGCCACUCCUCAGUAAAAGGCACAUGACAGCCCAUUUAGAGUGGCACCUAAAAGACUCUCAGACCAUGAAAAACAAGAACUGUUUGGCCUGAAUGCCAAGCGCCACGUCUGGAGGAAACCUGGCACCAUCCCUAGAGUGAAGCGUGGUGGCAGCAUCAUGCUGUGGGCAUGUUUUUCAGCGGCAGGGACUGGGAGACUAAUCAGGAUUGAGGGAAAGAUGAACAGAGAUCCUUGAUUAAAACCUGCUCCAGAGCGCUCAGGACCUCAGAUUGGGGGUGAAGGUUCACCUUCCAACAGGACAACGACCCUAAGCACACAGCCAAGACAACGCAGGAGUGGCUUCAGGACAAGUCUCUGAAUGUCCUUGAGUGGCCCAGCCAGAGCCCGGACUUGAACCCGAUCCAACAUCUCUGGAGAGACCUGAAAAUAGCUGUGCAGCGACGCUCCCCAUCCAACCUGAAAGAGCUUGAGAUGAUCUGCAGAGAAGAAUGGGAGAAACUCCCCAAAUACAUGUGUGCCAAGCUUGUAGCGUCAUACCCAAGAAGACUCUAGGCUAUAAUAGCUGCCAAAGGUGCUUCAACAAAGUACUGAAUAAAGGGUCUGAAUACUUAUGAAAAUGUGAUAUUUCAGUUGUUUUUUAUACAUUUGCAAAAUUUUCUAAAAACCUGUUUUUGCUUUGUCGUUAUUUGACAUUUUAGUCAUUUAGCAGACACUCUUAUCCAGAGCGACUUACAAUUAGUGAGUGCAUACCUUUUUCAUACUGAGUUAUGGUUAUAGUUAUGGGGUAUUAUGAGUAGAUUGAUUGAGGGGGGGGAAAAACUAUUUAAUCCAUUUUAGAAUAAGGCUGUAACGUAACAAAAUGUGUAAAAAGUCAAGGUGUCUGAACACUUUCUGAAUGCACUCUAUUUGUAUGGGUGUUGCUAGGCCCAAGUUGAGGGCCGGCAAACCGUGCCAAUAUGUCCUCCAAACACCGUCUUCAAGGAAUUAUCCCUUUUAAACAACGGGUUACCAACAUAUUCAAAUAAUGAUUUACAUAUUUUCAUUAAAAACGUUAUUUUGAUUAAUUUAUUCAUACUGUUUCAUCCUUCCACAAGAUAUAUUCCCGACACAAAUCUAGGGCUGCUACCCAAGCCGGCUGGUCGUUCGUUCUAUCGGUUUGGUUGCCAGAGACGUGACCCAGUCGUUCAGUCUUUUUGUUCUGUAUCGAUGGACGCGACCCAGUCGUUCGUUCUAAAUGUUCCAUUGCCAUACUGGCGGGCAACGUUCUUAUCCCUUGCUUGCUAGCUAGCCAACUACGGCUAACUCCUCUGAACAACAGUGUCCUGACGAGUGAGCACAUUUUGAGGGUUGAGGGGCAGCUCUCUGGGAACUGUGGGGGGGAUCUUGGAUGAUUGGUGGCCUGGCGGUUGGGAGCUUGGGCCGGUCGCCAAUGGGUCGCUUGUUCGGGUCCCCGAUUUGACUUGGUGGGAGAUCUGUCGACGUGCCCUUGGGCGGGGUGCUUGACCCUGGUUGCUCCUGUGUGUCGCUCUGGAUGGGAGUCUGUUAGAUGACUGAAUGUAAUGUAAAUUUUGAGCGGCUUCACUGCAGGUAGAUUGUAUGUUUUAAUAUUCAAUAAAAUAAAAUAGUGUAUUCCAAUGUCUCACCAUGCACAUCUUCCAUCUCACCUCACAGCGUUCCCAGCCCAUGUCCCCAGUUAUUGCCAGUAUAGGCGCAAACUUGUGGACACCUAAAAAAUUACGUACUGCUUUGAGAUACCUCUUAGCAAUCCACACUCCUGCCGAAUAGUCCAGAACAGGACACAAACGUCUGAUACAGUUUGGAAUACGUGGCAUAACCGAUAUGUUUGUUUUUGUUUUUCCCAUAACUCCCCCAUGAGCUCUACUUGCUGAGUGAACAAGGGCAGAUGUGCCGUAUAGAAAGGUCAUAUGUUCAUCAAAUUAAAGACCCACAUAUUUAUAAUUGCUAGUAAACUCAAUAAUUUCUUCACCAAAGCAAACUGAAAAACACUUCUCUUAGUACUUGGUUUUCUAAAAUGCAUUAUUUGUGUUUUUUUUUAUGAUUGAUCAUGAGUCUCCGUCUUUUGCACCAAUUCACUGCACUUAAUAUCAUUUUCAGCAGGACUUGUUCAGUUUCUGCCAUCAAAAUAAUAUAAUCCUCAUAUCUUACUCCAAUAUUUAACUGUUUAAUUUAUUUUGCCAAAGCAUUAAUAAACAUAGUAAUCAGAGUCGGUGAUAAGGCGUAUCUUUGUUUUACACCUAAGGGUGUGGGAAACAAAUCUGUACGAUAUUUAUUAACACACAAACAGGCAGUUGGUGCUUGAUUGUUAACCAAUUCCUUCUCACCUUCCUCUCUUCUCUGUCUUGUCAGCACGAUCAGGAUAACGAUGACGACUGCUUCAUCUGUAGAAGCCAGGGCAGCUUGAUAUGCUGUGAUAAGUGUCCUCGCUCCUUCCAUCAGAGAUAUCAUCUUCCUAAUGUGGAUGACGAUAUGCUGGGGUGAGAAGAGUUGAGGGUUGAUGAGAGAGAGAGUGAGAAAGAUUGAUAGAAGAGAGGUCUGUUUGUUCUGUGUAGGUAAACUUAGCUGUCAGCUUGUUAUCUGUGUGUGUGUGUGUGUGUGUGUGUGUGUGUGUGUGUGUGUGUGUGUGUGUGUGUGUGUGUGUGUGUGUGUGUGUGUGUGUGUGUGUGUGUGUGUGUGUGUGUGUGUGUGUGUGUGUGUGUGUAAUCACAGGGAUAAUCUUCUGUGGGUGUGUACAUUGUGUGUACUGAGGGCCAGUCAUUCGUGGCGUUACCCCGUUCAAAAGACUUACCAGGUGGCUCUGACCUGCCGAAACUCUGACUAUCUACUGGUGAGGAGCCCGACUGCAUGAAUGCUACCAUUGGGCCAAUUGCCUGUCGAUCGAUCAAUCAAUCAAUUGUCUAUCUAUCUAUCUACCUGUCUGUCCAUUAUAAGCAUCACUAUAUACUUGACAUUAAAUAAUUAUUCAGAAUUAAAUGUAAACAAGCUUUGACCAGACACAUAAAGGUGUGUUUACUCUGACAGGAAUGCCACUACCUCCUGCUCUGUCUAUACUACGCGGACAAGGACCACAUCUUUGUGGAAGAUCCUUGCAUCCACGUAAGUUUGCUUGAUUUUCUCUCUCUGUGUGUGUGUGUGUGUGUGUGUGUGUGUGUGUGUGCGUGCGCGUGCGUGUGAGAGUGAGAGAGAAAGUUCACAUAUAUCUCCAUCUGUAUGUUUCAUUGCCAGGUCAGAAACUACACCAGUGUGAUUAAGACCCCUAUAUGGCUGAACAGGGUUGUGGAGAACCUGCAACAGAAUCUCUACCAGUCAGUGCAACACUGAGUCUGACGUGUUGCUUAUCUUCACCAACUGUGCCACGUGUGUGUGUGUGUGUGUGUGUGUGUGUGUGUGUGUGUGUGUGUGUGUGUGUGUGUGUGUGUGUGUGUGUGUGUGUGUGUGUGUGUGUCAAAGUUCACAUACAGUGAGGGAAAAAAGUAUUUGAUCCCCUGCUGAUUUUGUACGUUUGCCCACUGACAAAGAAAUGAUCAGUCUAUAAUUUUAAUGGUAGGUUUUUUUGAACAAUGAGUGACAGAAUAACAACAAAAAAAUCCAGAAAAACACAUUUCAAAAAUGUUAUAAAUUGAUUUGCAUUUUAAUGAGGGAAAUAAGUAUUUGACCCCCUCUCAAUCAGAAAGAUUUCUGGCUCCCAGGUGUCUUUUAUACAGGUAACAAGCUGAGAUUAGGAGCACACUCUUAAAGGGAGUGCUCCUAAUCUCAGCUUGUUACCUGUAUAAAAGACACCUGUCCACAGAAGCAAUCAAUCAAUCAGAUUCCAAACUCUCCACCAUGGCCAAGACCAAAGAGCUCUCCAAGGAUGUCAGGGACAAGAUUGUAGACCUACACAAGGCUGGAAUGGGCUACAAGACCAUCGCCAAGCAGCUUGGUGAGAAGGUGACAACAGUUGGUGCGAUUAUUCGCAAAUGGAAGAAACAGAAAAGAAGAACUGUCAAUCUCCCUCGGCCUGGGGCUCCAUGCAAGAUCUCACCUCGUGGAGUUGCAAUGAUCAUGAGAACGGUGAGGAAUCAGCCCAGAACUACACGGGAGGAUCUUGUCAAUGAUCUCAAGGCAGCUGGGACCAUAGUCACCAAGAAAACAAUUGGUAACACACUACGCCGUGAAGGACUGAAAUCCUGCAGCGCCCGCAAGGUCCCCCUGCUCAAGAAAGCACAUAUACAGGGCCGUCUGAAGUUUGCCAAUGAACAUCUGAAUGAUUCAGAGGAGAACUGGGUGAAAGUGUUGUGGUCAGAUGAGACCAAAAUCGAGCUCUUUGGCAUCAACUCAACUCGCCGUGUUUGGAGGAGGAGGAAUGCUGCCUAUGACCCCAAGAACACCAUCCACACCGUCAAACAUGGAGGUGGAAACAUUAUGCUUUGGGGUGUUUUUCUGCUAAGAGGACAGGACAACUUCACCGCAUCAAAGGGACGAUGGACGGGGCCAUGUACCGUCAAAUCUUGGGUGAGAACCUCCUUCCCUCAGCCAGGGCAUUGAAAAUGGGUCGUGGAUGGGUAUUCCAGCAUGACAAUGACCCAAAACACACGGCCAAGGCGACAAAGGAGUGGCUCAAGAAGAAGCACAUUAAGGUCCUAGAGUGGCCUAGCCAGUCUCCAGACCUUAAUCCCAUAGAAAAUCUGUGGAGGGAGCUGAAGGUUUGAGUUGCCAAACAUCAGCCUCGAAACCUUAAUGACUUGGAGAAGAUCUGCAAAGAGGAGUGGGACAAAAUCCCUCCUGAGAUGUGUGCAAACCUGGUGGCCAACUACAAGAAACGUCUGACCUCUGUGAUUGCCAACAAGGGUUUUGCCUCCAAGUACUAAGUCAUGUUUUGCAGAGGGGUCAAAUACUUAUUUCCCUCAUUAAAAUGCAAAUCAAUUUAUAACAUUUUUGACAUGCGUUUUUCUGGAUUUUUUUGUUGUUAUUCUGUCUCUCACUGUUCAAAUAAACCUACCAUUAAAAUUAUAGACUGAUCAUGUCUUUGUCAGUGGGCAAACGUACAAAAUCAGCAGGGGAUCAAAUACUUUUUUCCCUCACUGUAUAUCUCUGUCUGUAUGUUUCAUUGCCAGGUGAGAAACUACACCAGUGUGAUUAAGACCCCUAUAUGGCUGGACAGGGUUGUGGAGAAGCUGCAGCAGAAUCUCUACCAGUCAGUGCAACACUUUGUGUCUGACGUGUUGCUUAUCUUCACCAACUAUGCCACAUUUAACAGGGUAAGACUGCACUACUGCAGUAUCCAAUGUGAAGACUCAGGGCUAACAUUUUAAAAAUAAAUCUUGGAAUUAUGCUAGUCAACUUUACUUGUGCUAAUGCAUGAAUAACACUUUAAAAAUGUGCCUUUGUUUAAUCCAUAACAAAAGAUGAAUUACACUAAAUGUGGUGUGUUUAUUGCAUUUCUAGCUUGUUUAUUAUGUUUUCUAUACAAUUGUCUCUUUUUUUUCUGAAGGAUAAUGCAGAUUCGUGGUAUGGGCAAAAGAUUGAAGUAUCUAUUUGAGAGCGAGUUCAAGAGUACAUUCAGCAUCCAACUUCAGCAUCCAACUGCAUCCAACAGCCAGUAGAGCCUUCAUCAAGUCUGUACUGUUAUCUCACUAUGAGACAACCGGGAUUAUUCACCAUGCCCUGGUUUUUGUAUACAGCAUUCAUACAGACUUGUACACCAAGUUGUACAAAUCUUAUUUUCCAUGCAUGUGCAUUGUUCACUGUCAUCUAUCUAGUCAUUUCAUUCAUUCCUUUCAUUCGUUCUAUCAGUCAAAAAUGGGUGUGUGAUAACCAUUGAAAUAGAAUUGUGGUCUUAACGUUGCAUUUCAUACAGUGAAUGUCACUCUCCUAAUUUCUCAUGCAAGUCAUUACCUUCCAGGCCUCUAGACUUCUUACUUCUGGUUAGGCUUUACUGGAUUUAUGUCCAGGGAUUCUCCACAGAGUUGGAUUCUCUGAGACCUCCACUGUCCAGUGGUGCUGAACCAUCGGAGUUACGAUGGUUCCGAUUUCGCCAUUGUCCACUUAGAGAGAUUUUGUUAACAAAUUGUAAAAAUAUAUAUUUUUUCAUGAUGCCUAAAAGCAGAAAUGUUCAUGUGAUAUUGCUGUGUAAAAAAGCAUUGUAUUUGAAUAUAUUAAUUAUAUGAAAUAUUAAAUUAUAUAUUUAUUUUAAGACAAAAUACACAGAAUGUGUACGAGCUAGCGAAAUCCUAUUGGCGCGUUCUAGCAUCAUCUGCAUAUUUCAGUUAGGGAGCGCAUACUAUGUGAAGUGCGCCUUUGCAAUUACUCAAUUCGCCUUUGCACUCCUAAACAACGCGAUUUUUAAAGUAAAGUCUACAAACCUUAGUCCACUAUGAUCAUAACAUAUUCUAGUUUUGGGAACAGAAAACUGUAUUGAGAUCAAAUGUUUCAUCGAUGAGAACAUUUGCAGAAUGUCGGCCAAAAUCCAUCUCGUUCCAUCUUCUCCCACUGCCCGCCAGUGAGCUUCCUCUCAGUACCAUAUUUGGUAGUGAGUGGCAACGCCAAGCGGAUGCUUCACAUUUAAACAUCCAGUUAAAUAUUUGUCUUAUUGUUCUAUGUGUGAUGUCACCUGCAUAUUGUUUUUUAAAUCAGCUUUUUACGUGCGUUUUUGAGAUUUGCUGUCGAAAAUAAACCAAAUAUUUUCUAAAACAUUGUACAACAUACUGUAGGUCUACUUGUUUGACUACAGCAGCACCUCUUUAGGGCAGUUUGGGAAGCGUCUGCGUUGCGUCUCUGCACUCGUGCAGGGCCUGCGCACGCUGUUACACGUCAGCACAAUUGCCAGCAGCGAAUCCCUGCCCAGAGCUGCGCAGCAGCGUUGCGCAGACCUGCUUGGUAAAAAUCGCAGCCAUUUCUCUUCAUCUUGUUGUAAAGCCACAGGUCCGAGAAUGCAAAUAUUAUAAUAGUGGCUGAUGUUGGAGUUUAUAGGCGAAUUUCUUUAUAUCUAAUUGAAAGACUUAAACUUUUUCCUUCUCAUGAGCAUUGAGAGAAACAGCCACAUAGGCAGCCUAUUUAGACGGAGUCGAGCGAUUCCAUAGCCAAGAAAGUGCGGUUGGUAGACGCGGUAAUGUCAUUGAAUAUCACUGUGAAAAGUGAAGACUCUGAGUCCUUUGACGAAGAAGACGAAUCAUCUUCGCUGCUUUCAGGCAAAAGAGGCUCCGAGUCUGCAGCUCGUCAUGAUAUUUCUCCGGGAGAAGGCGGUCCAAUAGAAGACCAUGCAGGGUAUUCAACACAGCAUGGGCGGCUAGCAACUAAAACGACCAGCAAACCAAUCGUACUGUGUAAGUUGUUGGUACUGUAUAAUCCGACAGAGGUAGCAUAUUUUUCAGUCUUGUCUCAUAGGAACUUUCACUUUUACUUUAGAAAUACUAUUAGAUAAUAGGCAGAAUCUACCGCACACCCAGAGCAGAGUAGUGAAGGUACUGGACGAAACAGGAAAAAGUCUCUGCACACUUUAGAAAUAUUAGUACAAUCUACAAUGAAAGAUUAGAAUUGUAUUGACAUUAUGAGCUAUCGCAAAAUACUAAACUGUAUUUGACUGUUUUGCAUGUGACACCUGCCUCUUUCUUUCUCUCCACUAGAUCCUGUGAGUGCUGACCGUUUCUUUUCCUCUACUUCUGCAGAUGGCAAAACCAUCUUAAAGAUUGCUCCAGGUGAGUCCUAUUUGUCCCAUUAAAGAGACACCUUCCUAUAUUUCCUGGUCUAAGCACGUACUGUAGAUGUACCAUUUAUCUGCAGCACCCAGAACCAAAUCUCACGUGCAUGCUGGCUAGCUGGUCGUUAACAUUUGAAUGGUUAAGUCUGUCAUGAGAGAGAGGAUUUACAUUUUGGUAAUUUAGCAGAUGUUCUUAUCCAGAGCAACUUACAGUACUUAUUAAACAUCCCUCUUCUCCUCAGCCCCAGUCAUGACCCGGCCGACUCCUCAGCCUCCUCCCCAGGUGUCCCCAGAGUUCUCCUACCAGGCUAUCGUGUACCUGAUUGAAGCAGUGGGGCGCCGCUGGAGCCUGUAUGGGACGCGGGAGCGCUCGCAGCUCUUCCAGAGCGUGCAGAAGGAGCUGGAGGAGCAGGGUCACUGUCUGCCCGUUGAGAAGAUCCGCCGCAAGUGGAACAACUUGAUCGUCACCUAUAAGAGGGUCAAAUACAGAGGCAGGGAGACCGGCCAGGCCAGAACCUCCUGGGAGUACUUUGAGGUACUUGUUUGUUUUAUAAUAAUAGACGUGUGUUGUUUAGCAAGAAAACCGAUGUGUGUGCAUCUUCUGGGCAAAACAGACAGGGUUGGCUUAGAAUCAGGAUUAUUGAAACUAAAUUUAGUCUCCAAAUGUUUAUUGAAAACAUACAUACAUUUGCACAAUAAGCACUUUUUGUCUCAAAUACAUUGUGACAGUUGUUAGUUAGCUAGCUAGUGAAGUUGAGCCAUGUCAUAGAUGUGGUAUAAGUCAAAACACCUUAAAACAAGACAUGGUAUCAAGAACAAGAUACAGUUAACUGAAACAAGCCACCUACGAUUCCCCACAUGGCAGUUUCUUGUCAUUGUUGCUAGCUGGCUGUUCAGGAUCACAGCAACACACAGCCUUCUACUCCUGCGUUGCUCACGCAUCAUUUUUGUGACGUCAGGAAACGUUCUAUUCAUUUUGUUGAAAAUGUUGUUCUUGUGGUCAUAGCUGUCUUCUAGUGAAUGCUCAUAAAUUCUAGUGGCAUUGGGGGUGUACUAUGAAAGUAAGAAACAAGAUUGUUAUAAGCUGCCCAAGGGUGUUGACACCCUGUCUCUUUCUGUCUCUCUCUUUCUCUCACAUAAGAUGAUGGAUGCCAUGCUUGGUGACACCAUCGGUGCCGAGACCACUAGCAGCCCUACCCUAGUAACCAGCAUCCCUAAGGUGAAUGUCGCCACGGAAACCGCCAAAACAGAGCAGAAGCCCCUCCUCCUUCCCCAUGGCAACCUCAUCACUACCUGCACUCGGACGCUCACCCUUGUCCCCUCCUCCCUCCCACUCCACACGCCAGUUCCCUCCACCCUCCCUCUCUACACCUUUGUCAGAUCCCUACCUCCCCCCACCCCCGUCCGCUCCUCCCUCCCUCUCCCCACCCCCUUGGACACGCCCUCCCCCAGGAUAGCUAAUAACACAGACCCUCUACAGCCAAACCCCUCCCCUGCUCCGGCCGCACAGCCCGCUGCCUCCUGUCACAUCCCCUCCAACCUCAGCCGCGUGCACCUUAGCAGAAAGAAGCGCCGUCGCUUCUCCUCCUCCUCCUCCAAGGGCUCCUCCAUUACCUCCCUCCUGGCCCAGCAGCAGAAGCGAGCAGAAGAAGGCACCUCCCUGCUGCAGGUGUUCCUGAGGAGGCAGGCGGGGCAGGCCAAGGAGGAGCAGGUGCGUCGCAGCAGAGCGGAGGCCCGGGGGAGGAGGCGCGAGAGGAGGGAGGCGCGCAUGGCAGAGUCCCUGGGUAGGAUGGCCACGGCUCUGGAGCUGCUCUCCUCCAAACAGGACACAGUCAUUGCCCUGCUGCAGAGACUGGCCGAGAGAGACAGGAAGUGACAGCCAUCACCCUGCUGCAGGGUUGUCACUAGCUUCUAUAGCCACAAAGCCAUUAUUAAAAUUAGAUUUGAAACCUAACAUUAACCUUAUGCCUAACCCUAACCCUAACCUUAAAUUAAGGACAAAAAGCUUAUUUAUGUUUUCAUGAAUUUUGACUUUGUGGCUAUAUAAUCUAGUGGAAACCCUGUUGCAGAGACUAGCUGAAGUGACACUGUAAUCACCCUACUGCAGAGACUGGCCGAGAGAGACGGGGAGGCUGACUCAGCAUGCGACCGAAGUGUCACUCUUUUUCCCUAUAUAUUGCACUACUUAUGAGCUAAAACACAGUAAAACCCACCUGGUGUCCCAGGUCUAAAUCGGUCCCUGAUGAAAAUUAGCUGUGGAACUGGGUUCGAGGUCCAUAUUUGAAUUUGCCUAAUGUAAGGAAUAGGGUGUCAUUUCGGACGCAGACUCAGAUCAUGUUAAUUGAUUGUGUUGUAGAAUUUACAAUGGAAUAACAAUUUUGAUUGUUUAAAUGGUUUAUUAAUUAAUGAUUGAUCAUGAUAAUCAAAGUAAUUUACAAUAACAGCAUUUGGUUGCAGCAUUUAUUGUUGGAGAAACCGGUGUGGCGAGUGGAAACCACCAUUUAG